CGCCAACGGUUUGAAAUGAAAUGAAGAAAGAGAUCCCGGAUUCCGGAUAUUAUUCACCUUAAUGAUUUCAGUAUUAUGUCCUCUUAAACUAUAUUCUAAGUCUCUUAUUUCAAUUGGUCGUCCUCGAUUUUCACAACUUUCACUUCUAAUUCUCUUCUCUUUUCCUAACAGUUUAUAUCUUCUCUUAUGAAAUAUUGAAAUACUAUAGCUGUCUGUCUCUGUUCAGCUUAGCUCCCUGUGCUUGCUACAGUCGUAUUCACAUGUGACAUCACCAAUAGCUACACUUCUAUACCUCACACCUCGACACCUCGACGGAUGAUUCCUUUCAAUCGCAACGCCUAUAUUUUCCAGGAACUACAAUUCUAGUCUUCAUAUGACCUAUAUAACCUAUUGACGAAGAACUAAAUAAGUAGAAAAUGAACGCUUCUCUGGGAUAGCGCAGCGCUAAGCAUAUACCGAACCUCUUCUACCCUUCUUGAGCUAAGUGUUGUACAAAAUCAUAACAUUGAACAAGACCAAAAUGCCCCUACCAUUUCUUGGUCGAUUAGACAUAGUCGAGUAUUUCGCCCUUGUGGGUUCGUUCUUACUCGUCGGUCUCGAAGCCUUUGUUCGAGUAUUAACAUUAGCUUUACCAACCUCCCUAUUAAACCUCUUCUACCGAGCCUCGCGACGGGUGUUUAACAGGUUAACCACAGAAGCGCAGAAAAGAGCGGAACAGAGAAGAAAGUCUAUCUCGACCUCGAUUAGAAAUGCCUCCGAUUUCGUCGACCUCUGCGCCAUGUAUGGCUAUACAGCCGAGGAACAUGUACUACAAACUAAAGAUGGGUACCUUCUCGGAAUACACCGCCUAGCAUGGAGAAAAGGUGAAGAAGAUAUGAAGGUCAACGAUGGACCUGCCAGUCUCAAGAAACGUGUUGUCUAUCUUCAUCAUGGGCUUUUGAUGAACAGCGAAGUUUGGGUUUGUCUUACUGAUGCGCAAAGGUCCCUCCCUUUCGUGUUGGUGGAAAGGGGCUACGAUGUUUGGUUGGGCAACAACCGAGGAAAUAAAUACUCCAAGAAAUCGGCCAAGUACUCGCCGACUUCUAUCGAUUUUUGGAAUUUCUCGAUCGAUGAGUUUGCUUUUUAUGAUAUCCCGGAUUCCAUCAACUACAUUUUGGAAACUACAAAACAGACAUCGUUAUCAUACAUUGGUUUCUCUCAGGGAACUGCGCAAGCAUUUGCCAGUUUAGCGAUACACCCUAAGCUUAAUGAACAGGUCAAUGUCUUCAUCGCAUUGGCUCCAGCCAUGUCGCCUGCUGGGUUGAACAAUGGAAUCGUUGAUGCUCUCAUCAAAGCUUCGCCUCAGGUCCUAUUCCUGCUCUUCGGCAGGCGUUCCAUCCUUAGCUCUGCUACGAUGUGGCAGUCUAUAUUAUACCCGCCCAUCUUCAUCAAGCUCAUCGAUAUGGGGUUGUCGUUCCUGUUUGGGUGGAAGACUAAAAACCUAUCCGUCAGCCAGAAGCUUGCUGCUUACCCGCACCUAUAUUCUUUCACUAGCACCAAGUCCGUCGUGCACUGGUUUCAGAUUAUUCGCAAUCAGUCGUUCCAGAUGUAUGACGAUGACGUGCAGACGCCUUUAUCUGUCAACGGCUCAAACAAGUACACGAAAGUCGCCAAGUAUCCAACUCGCAAUAUCAAGACCCCAAUUGUCUUAGUUUAUGGAGGUAGCGACUCCCUAGUGGACAUCGAGGUCAUGAUGAGAGAAUUGCCCAAUCGAACGGUUGCUACUGAAAUUCCACACUAUGAACAUCUCGAUUUCCUCUGGGCUCGCGAUGUCGAUGCUCAAGUCUUCCAACAUGUCUUUGACGCAUUGGAAAAUUUCAGGGGUGCGGAACAUUCGGUAGAACAGUUUGAAAGUUACCAGCGGGCUCGAAGCGUCAGCUUAUCGGCCUCCAAUGAAUUCAAACAACCUAAGCUAAAUAAUGGUAGCGCUCGUUUCAACAGCGACACUCCCGAAUCGGACUCGACAUCUGUUUUAUCUAAUGGACCAAAUGGACCCAACGGACAGGCUCAAGGGAACAGCGGCGAAUCUCACAAAGCGCGUGAAAAUCCUAUGGAUUACUCUGAUUUUACCACAGAACCAAUUCAAACACCGACUGCGGCAAAGUCCCAUCCACAGGAUCACACUAUCACCACCAUCGUAGAAGACGUUACCUCACCUUCAUCGGAGAGAGUAACCCCAUCAGGGGCGCAGGAUGGCACAAACGACUUGUCCGAUCCUACGACCCCAAGUCCAUCGACACAGAAAAAAGAUUAUCGCAGGCGUAACAGCGCGGCUAGUAACCUUAGCCUAGACUCUAUGAGAGGUGGCCGGGGCAUUAGGGUCGGUGCCGCUAAGCCUACCACCGGGAGUAGUAGUGACGAAGGUCGGAGGCAUUCUGGUUUCGAUUGAUACCCAGUUACAAGUCGUGAAUUCUAAAGCGCAGUGUAUAUAAAUUGGGCGCACGGUUUAGAUUGGCGUUAUUACAUAGACCUAGUCCUAGUCGAAAGACUCAAAAGCCCCCGGACUUCGGAGUUUCGAACACGGAAAGAAUGUGUAUUUAGUUACCUGGUUACAUAACUUACCUAGGUACCUACCUGGUACAUCUUUACAUAUAUUUACAUUGUCAUUAUGGCAGCUCAAGUUCCUCGCGAUGAUAUUUGAAUGGAGAAAUAGAAUACUCCAAAAGCCUUACUAGGUAUUUGGGAGG